UUGACAUUCAAGCAGACGUAGGCCGCGGCAGCCAGAUACAGCCAGCUGGCUCCAUGGAUAUGAAGAAGGCUAGAGAUCUAGCUAGGACACCGCAUUCCGAAUGGAAGGAAGAGCGACAGAAAGCGCUGCAGGUGUUGAGAUUGAUGCAUUGACACUGCUUUAGAAGGGCAUUGGCACCUUUUUCAAACCCUGGUUGAUCAGCGGGCAAUAGGCUGGAGCCAUGUCGAAACAAGGCAUCUUGGCCAAUCUCAAGAAGGUUGUGUUCGAAUUUCGGUGGAAUGAUCCACGAGCUACUUCCUCCCUUGAGAUGUUGGCACAAUUGAGCAACUCAAAAGCCAGGGCAGCCAAUCCAGCAUGUGUAAUUGCUGUCACACGGCGGACAGAUGACGUACCACCGACCAUCGCAAUCACUUACAACAACGACAAGGAAGAGAAGCUGGACUGUACAAAGUUGUCUGCACACGAGAUGUGCAAACGAAUACGGGCAGACUCAAAGAUGAUGCAGUAUGAGGCUGAAUUUCGAGAAGCUGGAUUCAGCUGGCCCCCUCCAGUGCCUAAAGAGCUGCUCAGCCCUCAACAAGAAAAAGCCGCGGAUGCAAGAGAAAGGGCCGGAACUUCCAAAAGCCAGAGUGUUCAAAGAUGAGUUUGUUGAAGGCGCUGGUCGAGUCGGAUAUGUCCUCUGUAUCAUAGUAGGUACUGGCUCGUUCCUUCCGAUUGACUGUACAGCUAUUCAUUAUCGGUAAGGGAAAAGUAGUGAAGCACUACACGCGGUUGUUCACUAAAGAAUUGAAGCACUAGCGUUUGUUUCAUGUGCCGGCGAACCGCGAUGUACCCAGUGACCCUUUAUUUGAAACAUAAUGCUAUGCAACUACUAGUAGAAUGC